AUGAAUUAUUUACAGUUUAUCAGUUUGAAAACUCAACCGAAAUUAUUCAAUAGAAUAUUGUCAAAAUUUCCUCUUGAGGAUUUGACUUAUUGCUUUGCAUAUGGAUCAGGGGUUUUUGAUCAGUUGCAUAACCGUUCAAAUAAAAAUAUGAUUGAUUUUAUUUUUGCUGUCAAAAAUUCAGAGAAGUGGCAUAGUUCAAAUUUACAGUUAAAUCCAUCUCAUUAUUCAGCCUUGAGUUUUUUGGGGAGUAAAUUUAUUGCCAAAGUUCAAACCAGUAUACCAUCUCGAGUUUAUUAUAACUCCAUGAUACCUUUAAAAGAUGAAAAAGUAGUUAUAAAAUAUGGUGUGAUUGAAGAAAAUGAUUUAAUAUCAGACUUGCUAGAUUGGAAUGACAUAUAUAUUGCUGGUAGAUUACACAAACCAGUAAAAGUUAUACAAAAAAAUGACUCAAUGCAUUUAGUCUCAGCCUUGCAAUUGAAUCUUCAAAGUGCUGUUCACACCGCUUUACUCUUACUUCCUGAAACUUUUUCCGAAAUACAGUUUUACAGUACAAUAGCUUCACUGUCUUACAAUGGGGAUUUUAGAAUGAAAUUGGAGAAAACAAAAAUAAGUAAUUUUAAAAACCUUUAUUCACCUGUUAUAAAAGUUGUCGAAGAUUAUGUUGAAAUGCCUCAUGCAAAUGGACUACAACCAUCUGCGGAAAAAUCAUGCAGUCAGGAUAUCAGCCCAUCAGCAAAACAUUUUCAUUUAAAUCAUUUACCGAAGACACCUCAAAAAAAAAUUGUGGAAUUUUGGAACAAAGGUGUAAGAAACUGUCAAGAUACAGAAGAUGUUUUAAGAGCUAUGGCUUAUGAUGAAGAAUGCAAAGAAGUUGUAAAUUUAAUUUUAAACAAUAUUGUAUGGAACUCUAGUGUACAACAAAGUUUAAAAGGAAUAAUAACUGCAGGAUUUUGGAAAUCAUUGAAAUAUUCAUCUAUAAAAAUAGGGAAAAUGAUUAAUGCAAAAAAUUCACAUUAA